AUGCCUCCCUUCAACAUUGCCAUCAUCGGAGCCGGCCCAGCAGGGUGUAUGCUCGCCCGCCUUCUCCUACAAUCACCCACCCCACCCACAAUCACCAUCUUUGAAUCCGAACCCACUCCCGAUUACCGCUCCCAAGGCGGAACCCUCGAUCUCCAUCCGAAGAAUGGCCUCAAAGCCAUGAAAGCAGCUGGGCUGUACGAAGAAUUCCUGAAAUACGCAAGAUACGAAUCAGCCGUCCUUCGCAUCUGCGAUAAGAACAUGAAAACGUAUUUCGGAGCCCCUGAAUCGAGGUCGAAAAGAGGAGGAAAUCCGGAGAUCGAUAGAGCGCAGUUGAGGCAGUUGUUGAUGGAGUCGUUGCCGAAGGGGACGGUGAGGUGGGGGAUGAAGUUAGUGAGUGUUGGUGAGAAGGAUCAUGCUUUGAAUUUUGAGAAUGGAGAUGUGGUUAAAGGGGAAGACUUUGAUUUGAUUGUUGGUGCUGAUGGAGCUUGGAGUCGAGUUAGGGAGGUGAUUGAUGGGACGAAACCGCUGUAUUCUGGUAUUACGAGGUAUUGGACUACGAUACCUAAGGCGGAGACUGAGGCGCCGGAGGUUGUUGAACUUAUUAAUAGGGGGAAUCUGUUUACUUACAGUGAUGGAAAGGGUAUCAUUGCGCAACAGAUGUUUGAUGGAUGUGUCGAUGUUUCGAUAGGACUUGCGCAAGAUGAGUUAAAGGGUGUUGAGAUCACCAGCACUGAUGAGAUGUUAAAGAAAUUUGGAGGCUGGGAUGAGAGGCUUGUGGGAAUCGUCAAGAAAGCUGAAAGCAAAGUCAUUGGGAAGAGCAUGUAUAUGCUGCCUGUGGGAUAUACAUGGAAGCAUCGAGACGGUGUCACUGUCAUUGGCGAUGCAGCACAUCUCAUGACACCCUUUGGUGGAGAAGGCGUCAAUCUGGCCUUUGGAGAUUGUGUCAAACUGUCAGAAGCAAUUUCUAAAGCUGCUAAAAUAGGUAGCCAAGACGAAUUGAAUAGAAAUGUGAGAGUAUUCGAGGAAGAUAUGUGGAGGAGGGCAGAAGCAGCAGCGAGGAUGUCGACAACUAUGGGAGAGGCGAUGUUUUUGACACCCGGAGCACCGAGGGCCAGUAUCGAGCGGUGGUUACUAGGCAAGCUUAAGCAUGAGCUGGCUGCUGUGUUGUAUCCAUUGGCUGUAGCCGUUGUCUACACAGGGUACUUUGCGUAUAAGUUGCUCUAUUAA